AUGAACACAGACCUCCGUAACGGCUGCUCCAUGAACACAGACCUCCGUAACGGCUGCUCCAUACAUAGGCAUGACAGAGUUACCAGCUCCUCGCUUUGCUGCAGGCCAUUCAAAUUCUCUGUGGGUGCUGUUUUUGCUACCCGUGCUGCAGUCUACUUCCUGCAGAAGAUCUUUAAAAUGAGAAGACCCAAUAAUUAUGUCAACUGUUCCAUCACCUGGUACUUGUCCCGGAGCCCUUGUGCAAAAUGCUGCUAUGAAAUACUGGAUUUCUUAAAUAAGCACUCAAAUGUGAACAUAGAUAUAUAUAUAGCACAGCUUUAUAAGAUAAAAAAUGAAGAAAACUGCCAAGGUCUGAGGAACCUUGUGAGCCUGGCGAAAGUAACCAUUGCUGUCAUGGAAAUUGAAGGCAAGGUUUCCUGUGCUUUGUGGGCCUGGGAAGGGGUGAACUGGUGA